AUGGCUGAUCAAGAGCAAAAGGCGUUAAGAGAUUAUGCUAUGCCCUCGGUAAAUGGAGCUACAUCGAGCAUAAGGAGGCCAGCCAUACAAGCCAAUAAUUUUGAGAUCAAGCCGGCCAUCAUUCAGAUGAUACAGCAGACUGUCCAGUUCGGGGGGCUGUCACAAGAGGAUCCUAAUGUCCAUAUUGCAAAUUUCUUGGAGAUUUGUGAUACUUUUAAACAUAACGGAGUGACAGAUGAUGCGAUUCGACUGAGGCUUUUUCCCUUCUCACUUAGGGAUAAAGCAAAAGUUUGGUUGAAUUCUUUGCCACAUGGCAUCAUUACUACGUGGGAGGAGUUGGCACAAAAAUUUUUAGCAAAAUAUUUCCCUCCCGCAAAGUCAGCAAAGCUAAGGAAUGAUAUCACCACGUUCAUCCAAUUUGAGGGUGAAUCAUUAUACGAAGCAUGGGAAAGGUACAAAGAAUUAUUACGAAUGUGUCCUCAUCAUGACCUUCUAGCAUGGCUUCAAGUGCAAACAUUCUACAAUGGUCUAGGAGCUACAAACAGAUCUAUAGUUGAUGUAGCAGCCAGUGGAGCUUUAAUGAGUAAAACUCAUGAGGCAGCCUAUGAACUUCUGGAAGAAUUGGCAUCCAACAACUAUAAAUGGCCUAUAGAAAGAGCAAUGCCAAGAAAGACAGCUGGAGUUUUAGAACUUGAUUCUAUUACCUCAUUGGUGGCACAAAUGGAAACUUUGUCUCAACAACUAGGUAAAAUGAAUGUUAAUGCUAUUCAAACUAAUGUUGUUUGUGAUCAUUGUGCAAGAAAUCAUUCAAGUGUUGACUGCCAAGUGGGAAAUCCUUUUGCCCAAUCGAGUUAUGGACAAGCAAAUUACGUGUCAAAUUUUCAACGUCAAAAUAAUCCAUACUCGAACACAUACAAUCCUGGAUGGAGGAAUCACCCCAACUUCUCUUGGAGGAAUAACCAAGGGUAG